UUCUUACUUCCGGUUCCGUCUGACGCCAUUUUGAUGAAACAGCGAGGAUUGGAGGACCGUUGACCUAUGAAAUGGAUUUUAUGGAUUAGAAGUGAAUAGUAAUCUUGAUAAUUCCAUUUUUUUGUUUUUCUCGAGGAAAUUAUCGUCGAAGUGAACCAUUUUCUCCUUAUUCGUGUAACGGACGGAUUGAGAAGACCGCGAGGCUGCGGACCCGGCUGCUAGCUGUUUGCUUUUGUUAGGCCGUUGGUGUGUUGCAAUGUGUUGAGGACCAUGCUAGUUUGCAAAUAUACGCAACCAACGACUUCAGAAAGACAUGUCAGGAUCGGAUAGUAUCGUGAAAAGACUAUUCUUCGGGAGUUUUUCUUCUUCUUUUGUUUUCUUCGGCCGAGACUUUUUGCGGGAUUCGUUAGUCUUCGAAUAAAAAGGGACUGCACCAGAAAAGACUUUGGCUCAGGAAAGCUAAGGGCCGCUGCUGCUGCUGCCUGAGCGGCUUACGGCGCUUUGAGCUUUCCCUCAAGGACAAUUCACCAAGGACUUGGUCUCAUUUAUAAAACAGCAUAACAGAGAUACACUGUUCUGCAUGAACAAUCUUGGAUUUGUUGGCAUUACGAAAUGAUUUAAUGGACUUUAAAGGACUGGCGGGGCGCGCGGUGCCUCUCGUUGGCCCUUUGGCCUCAUCCUUCAUACGUUUUUCUUUGGCACUUAUUUGAAAAAGGCUCUGUUUUCCUCUUCGAGCUGAGCCUUUCCUCAUUUUAGCAAUUUAUUUUGUCAAGAGUGUUUCAGCAAACUGAAAGGGUUACAAAUUAAACAUUUAGCCUCAUGUGUUCAGUGUUGACGCUGUUUUUUUUUUAUUACAUAACAGAUCUGUUUUUUUCAUUUAGCUGUGCUUGAGGUUAUAAAUAGACCUGUGAAAAAUGUCGUGUGUUCAUUAUAAGUUUUCUUCCAAACUGGACUAUAACACAGUCACUUUCGAUGGGCUGCAUAUUACGCUUAGCGAGCUUAAGAAGCAGAUAAUGGCCCGGGAGCGGCUCAAGGCCACAGACUGCGACCUGCAGAUCACCAAUGCGCAGACUCGAGAAGAGUACACAGAUGAUGAGGCACACAUCCCGAAACACUCUUCUGUCAUCGUCCGCCGGACUCCGAUUGGUGGAGUGAAACCUGCUGGCAGGACGUUCAUUGUAGAUCGUUCUGAAACAGCUGGGGUUGGAUCUUCUAUACCCACGGAUUCUUCCCCUUCUUUGACUGUUGCUCAGCUGGCUAAGACCCCAAACCUGGUUGAUGCAAAUGCUUCAGAGGAGGACAAGAUUAGAGCCAUGAUGACUCAAUCAAACCAUGAAUAUGAUCCAAGCAACUACUCCAAGAAAGCAGUUGGACCCCCACCACCUUAUUAUACCUGCUAUCGUUGUCACAAGUCUGGCCACUACAUCCGGCAUUGCCCCUUGCUAAUGAUGCAGGAUAAAAGUGUGGAGGGGCCCAAACCAGUCAGGAUCAGUAAGGGUAUACCGCAGAGCUUCAUGGUGAAAGCUGACCCAAGUGCCAAAGGAGCAAUGUUGACAAGCACUGGAGAAUAUGCUAUACCUGCCAUAGACGCGGAGGCUUACGCUCAAGGGAAAAAGGAACGACCUCCAUUCGUUCCCAAUGAUCAGUCGUCAUCAGAAGAUGAUUCAGACCCGAUCCCAGAUGAACUCCUCUGUCCGAUCUGCAAUGACCUGAUGACUGAUGCUGUAGUCAUACCCUGUUGUGGAAACAGUUACUGCGAUGAUUGUAUCAGGACUGCAUUGCUGGACUCAGAGGAGCACAUUUGUUACUCAUGCAAACAGUCAGAUGUUUCACCUGAUAAUCUCAUUGCCAACAAGUUUCUCCGACAGGCUGUGAACAACUUCAAGAACGAGACUGGAUACACCAAACAUGGACGGAAGCAGCUGCAACAUGCAGCUCCUCCUCCACCUCGCCCACAAUUGGUCAGGCCUUUGCAGUCCAGACAGCAGGACCCCCUCCUGGUCAAUGCUGCUAACCCCCCUUCAGUAACUGCACCAUCAGUACCUCCUAAAGUAGAAGUCCCACUCGCUGAACUGUCUGCUGCUGCCCCUCUGGUUUCUGCUCCUCCUCCUGUUGCCAGCACCGCUUCUACUCCUCCCAUUUCUACCACAACAUCUGCGCCUCCUCCCGUUUCUACCACAACAUCUGCGCCUCCUCCCGUUUCUACCACAACAACUUCACCUCCUCCCGUUUCUGCCACAACAACUGCACCUCCUCCCGUUUCUGCCACAACUGCACCUCCUCUCGUUUCUACCACAACAACUGCACCUCCUGACGUUUCCACCAGCUCCACUGCUCCAUCUACUCCUGAAGCCUCAACAGCUCCUGCCACUCCAAGUCCUCCUCAUGCUGCUGCUGCUGAACACAAGGAGGCCUCCCCAGUCCCUGCUGCUGACUGCCAUUCACCUGUGGUCUCAAACAGGCGAGGCGAACCACCCCCACCAGGGGACACUGAUCCAGAACCUACUGUGAACCGACCUUCUUCUGGAACCCCUGAAAGAAAAUCACAGAGCUAUAGCUUACCUGUCAUUGGCCACCUGCCGCCUGCAAGACAAAAUCAUCCAUCAGGCCACCCAACAAGAUCCAACCAGUCUCACAGAGGUGGAAACAGACACUGGUACAGGACUAGAGGAGAGCAUCCCUCCUCUCAUAUGCAAACGGCUCCUCCCCCUGCACCCAUUCCUCAAGUGUACCCAGCUGCCUUAUACCCACCGGUACCGCAGCCCUAUGUUCCUCAGUACAGCUCAGGGCCUGGUCUCAUCCCUCCUCCUACCAUCAGUUUCCAACCUCAGCCUGUCUAUGCUCCUGGACCACCUGGGCUUAAUCCCCCCUGGGUCCCUCCUGGUGCCCAGCCCCCUCUCAUGCCAUUACCACCAUCCCUGUCACAGCCCCCACUCUCGAAAGAAGACUUCUACAGACAAAGGCACCAUCGACAGGACAAAGUCACUUCAAAAUUGGAUGAGUUCACUAAAGAUUUCCAUUUAGAACUCAUAAAAUACAGAAAUGCCUCUAAGAGACAACGACGAUCUUAUUCCAGGUCCAGGUCAUUCAGCCGCUCUCCAUUUAGCCGCUCACCAUUCAGUCGCUCUCCGUAUUCUCGCUCUAGAUCAAGAUCUAGAACCCGAUCCAGGUCUUACUCUCUUUCUCCCAGUCGAUCCCGCUCUCGAUCACAUGGCCGGUCCUAUCCCCGUUCCCCUUAUUCCAGACGUAACGGGCGCAGCUACGGACGUUCAAGGUCCCGAUCGCGUUCCAGGUCUUACAUCUACCGCCGUUCUGGCUCGCCACGCUCUCCUCUGCCCUAUCGAGGAGGAGGCUGGGAUCCUGCCGAAGCUCCCAGACCCUACAGAUCUCGAUCGCGAUCCCGCUCCCCUGGCGGCUACCGGAACCGCAGCCCUGGUGGAAGAAAGCCCCCUCCUCGCGAGUUGAUGGCAUAUGAGCUAAAGGGACAUAGUCCUGCGAGUCAUGAUCGUUGGGAGAGAGAAAGAUAUCGACAGUGGGAGAAGGAAUACACAGACUGGUACAACAAGUACUACAAAGAGUUUGACAAUCAGCAUCCCCCUCUGCAUCACCGAGGUCAUGGCAGCAGAGACCGAGAACGGGAGAAGGUAUCGGCAUCCACCAGAGACUAUUCACCCCAGGGAAGAGGCAGGCGGGGGAAGGAGGAGCGAGGUGGCCCCCCUCAUAAUCCUCCAUCCUCAUCUUCAUCAAUCGCCAAAUCCAGCACUAAAGUCAUAAAGCCGAAGAAAAUCAAAAAGAAGAAGUCUGGAGAAGAACCGGAACAGUCCCAGCAGAACCUGGACAGAGGUGAUGCCACUCCUGUUAGAGACGAGCCAAUGGAUGACAUAUCUUCCAAUACUAAAAUGCCCCCCAUGUCCUCGAGGCCUCCGCCUUCAAGUGGUGCUGCUACGCCCAAAGCAACAUCUUCUAAAGCUGCAACCACACCAGCUAAACCGGCAGCCAAGUCAACAUCCAAGACCCAGGCCGAUGAAACCAAGAAGGACAAGGGCCUGAAAGUAAAAGCUAAGGUAAAACCACAGAUUGCAAAGACAAAAAGUGAGAAGAUUAAGAAAAAGCCUGGAGAAGGAAUGACGACCACCAAGAAGGACUCCUCAGCCACCUCGUCGGCUGUCAAACUGGUGAAGACUAUCAAGAACAAGCCAGAUGAUGCUUCCAACUCAGCCGCACCUAAGAAAGAUAAGCCUAGAAGCUCUGCAGUGAGGCCUGCCAUGAAGACUCCGCCUACAUCUUCCCAGAAUCAGCCUUUACCUCACCACUCUCUGCAUGAAAGCCCCCGAUCAAGCCACGAUUCACAAAGCAGGAGAGAGCCCUCAAAGACUGCUGGUAUCCCUUCUCUGCUCAGAACUUUGGUCCAUCCAAGACCUCCAUCCCCAGGGGACAGUCGCAGGAGGAUGGGAGAGGACUGUCGCCCUUUACUCGGACCCCCUGAGAAGCUGAGGAGAGUGGAAGGAGGGGGCAGCAUUUCCCACUCACACCUCCAUACAAACCCAUUUCACAGACUGCCACCUCCCUCUGACAGGCCCAGUCCGCUCCCCCUGCCAGGGACUCGAGAUCUGGGACGAAUAGAUUCAGAUCGAGGACCUCUUCUGGACGCUCAGAAACCUAUGAGGAGGAUCAAACUAAACAGAGAUCUGGGCAGAAGAGGCAGCAGUGAAACGGCACCUUCAGACAAAACCUCUGAGAAAUCUUCCUCUGGCUCAGAUCGAUCAGCUGCUGCUCAUGGCUCUGAGGGAGACAGACACAAAAGUACAUCAGAGGCAGGUGGAAGGAAGGAGCCGUCGACCUCGGUGGAUAAAGUAGUUACCAGGGAGCGGCCAAGCAGCGCUGGUGAUAGGCACCGUGGCUCUGAUAGGGAGCAGGUCAAAGAGCGGGAUAGGCCCUCUGGUUCGGACAGAGACAGGGAUUCAGGCUUCAACAGAGAGAGGGAAAGGCCCUCUGGGUCAGGGAAUCAAAAAACUUCCGAUGACAGAGAUGAAGAGGCGGAUAAGGUGGUAAAGGCUGAGCGAAAAAACCCCAGCAGCGGAAGCUCAGCAGGUCGCUCUGUCUCUGUGGAUAAAAUGACGAUUGGAGAAAAAUCUGCUAGUAGCAGGGAGGUGGUAGAUCAGGAGAAACCAAGUGUGUCCUCCAAGGAGAGAGCGGAUGGCUCAGAGAGAGCUGCUCAAUCUGACAGGAGUCGAUCCAAAGACAGAAUGGAGAGGAGUGCCCCCUCAGGAGAAAAACCAGCUGCCACUCAAAAAGAAGGAAUCAAAGAUGGGCAGGAGAUGGCUGUAAAAAGCAAACCCAGGAUCAGUCGCAAGGCUGUUUCAAGCCAGGUCAUAAUCUCCUCCAGGUCAGUGCAGGAGAAAAAGCCCGACUCAAACAAAGACCAGAGGAAGAGUGCGUCCUCUAAACCUGCUGAGCAGCCUCCGACCAGUCCUCUGAAAAGCCGCAACCGGAGCCCGAGUUUCAGCCCACCGCCCAGCCCAGCUCAGGACGAGCCGCUCAUUCAGCCUCCUCCCCGCUCUAAGUGGGAGAGAGAGGAUGACGAGGAAGAGGAAGGACAGGAGAAUCCCACCCUGACGACCAAGGAUCCUUCGCCGCCAGCCCAGAAAAUCCGAGCAAGUGAGGGACAUCAUGAUGCAUCGAAACCUGUUAGAAAUGAAGGCUAUGAGGCUGUAAAGGAGGAGAAGAAGGGAUCAAUCAAAGAGGAGAAGAAAAUAAAGACACAGAAGGAGGACAGUAAGGGAGGCAGGACGGCACAAAAAGACUCGGACAAACCACGCAAAACGAAAUCUGUGAGGGAGGAGAGCAGAGUAACAAGAGAGGAGAAAAGACCUUCAGCUAAAGAGGAGGAGAGGAGAGGUGGAGCGAAGGAGGAGAGGGCUCCAGAAGGAAAAGCAGUCAGAGAACGUGAGGAGAGUCGAAACCCAGAGCCAAGGAGACAGCGCCUGUGUUCCGACCUGACCCGCGAGACCGACGAGGCCGCUUUCGUGCCAGACUACAGCGAGGGGGAGGGCUCCGAGCCGGAGCGAGGCCGCAGCGGCAGCCUGACCCGUACUCUAAGCCAGCCCUCCCACAGCCGCUCGCCGAGCAACCGAAGCGGCUCAGCCAACACCACUGACAAGAAGAAGAAGAAACACAAGAAGCAAAAAAAGCGCAAGAAGCAAAAGAAACACAGCAGCCAGGACAAAGAAAAAGACCCCAAACAACACAAGAGCAAACACAAGAAGAAGAAACACAAAAAGAGCAAAGACAGAGAGGUGGAGGAAGAGGAGGAUGAAAAGGAAAAACAAGAGGAGGAAGCUCCAUGCUAACACCUUUGCCAAAAAUCCUGCAAUACCUAAACUGGAAAAGUUUAAUUUCCUUUUAUAAGAGAAUGAAUUAGAAGGUGUUUCUGGAGGAGCUUCUGACUUCAGCUCCAAAAGCAGCUCCAGGGAAGCUGCUGGAGUCUCUGACCUCUUUGGCCGCUCAGGAGAGACGCCAUGGAGCUCUGCUUUCACCAACCAGUGUCUGACCACAACAGACUUGCUAAACACAGCAAUCAGUGUCAUCCAUAGGAACAACACACACUGUACUCAGGGAUAUGGUUGCAUCUCGUAGAAGAUUCGCUGCUUCGUUCGCUUUGAUCAGUUUGUACAUAGAGAUUUGCUUUACAUUUCUGUUUUUCCUCUCUGUCUGCUUUUCAAGGCUCAACUAUCAUUUAUCUUAUUCACAUCUAUUUUCUUUGUAAAAGAGUCACCUUGGGGUUUUGCAUGUUUUAGCACUUUUGAAAAUUCAAAUUCUCAACCCUAAAAACAACAGCUUUUUAGUUUAUGGAAGUGCUAUUUUUUUUUUUUUUUUUUAUCCAAUCUGAAUCUACAGUUGCUUUCCCCAAAAACAAGGAUUUGCAACAACUGAAUAACCUGAUAAGAUGUCCUUUGGAAGUAAAGUUUAUUUAGCUAAAAUGUUUGACAUUUCUGGUGUUCUUAAAGUGAAAGCAGACAACUGUGUGUUUAGACCACACUGGAUUGUGUAAAUCAAUGGUGUUUAUUUAAUGACGAACCAGUCUUGAAAGGUUUAUGGUUCCUAAGGUACAGAUGCCAUCAGAGAAUGUUUAUGUGGAUGAAGCUGGUGUGAAAAUGAUACCUGUUCUAUGAAUUGUUCUGUUUCUUUUUUUAAUAAAAAAGUUGUGAACUCGA